AUACAAUACUGCUAUCCUUGGCUCCAUUCAGGCACCCCGCAUUCAGUAAUCUUUAAGAACAAAAGUGCCAGACGUCCCUUCACGCGCUUGCUCAUUCCUCCUCUCAUUCACAUUCAUUCUCUCAUCGCCCAUCGCUAAUCGCCAUGCGUCUGCUCGCUGCCACGUCUCUCGCCUCGCUCCUCGCCCUCGCAUCCACAAUCCAGGCCCAGGAUGCCAAUUGUACGGCUGUCUAUGGCGACUACGCGCCCUCAGUCCAUGGCAACGGCGUCUUUCAGAAAUGUUACACAGAUCAGGCCUACAACGCCGCGCUCGUCUCCCAAGGCGCGACUCCGAACUACCGACAGGUCCUCAACCAGGUCUGCUCCCCACCCCUCUCACCAACCUGCUCGCGUUCGAGCCUCCUCUCGGGCACCGUCAAAUUCAUGGCCGCCUGUAACGCCUCUAUUGAUGCAGAAGCCGCCAACGGCAACAUUCUCCAGACGGGUAAGAUCGCGCUCGAGAUCUUCUUUGCAGAACCCAUCCACAUCAUGUAUUGUGCCCUUGACCCCAACGCGAUCGAGCUGCCCCCACCGGCCGUCAACCCACCUGCCUACUGUCUUGCCAACCCAGUCGUAGGGAGUCCCAACAGUCGCUUUAUCACCAACCUGGCUCUCUAUUUGACCUCAGGAACGAUUCGUGCCUCCCAGCGGCCUUUCUUCGAGAGUCUAGAUCGCACGGACACUUGUUCGAUCUGCUCCCAACGCGCCUUGAACGCCACAGUCGGCUACCUGGCCACGAACUUGAUGCCUAGAAUUGCGUCCUUUUACACUUCCGAGUUCGUUCAGUACUGGACAAACCUUGUCCCGGUCUACAAUGCCCUGUGCAAGACCUCCAUCAUCCAGACAUGGCCCAAGGGAACUUUAAACGAAUCUGUCACCACUGUAUCAACGGGCUCACUUCCUGCACCUGCAGCUCCACAACCGACUAUCGGGGGCUCUGAACCAAUUGCGUCUGUCGCACACAGCACAUCCAAUGGAGCCACAAGUCUAUCUGCGAGUACAGUAGCAAUAUUCGCCGUCACCCAUGUGUUGGCCGUCACUGGGCUAUCGCUCCUAGACCUUUAGUAGCACCGCUCGAUACCGAUGCUUUAUUCGUACUUGAACCCUCGUAAUUAGCAUGACUGAGCAAAGUAAUAAUAAUAAUAAUAAUAAAAGCAAUCCAGGGAUGCAUUCAAGGGGAAGAAGACCUACCGACAG